AUGAAUCCAAAUCAGUGCAUGGUAUUAUUGGCUAUCAUUGGAUCAGCAGUCGCCUUCCCGCAACCUUUCCAGCCCACAUCCGGUUCAGAAAUCACUGCAAUACUAGUGGAACAGCCACCGGAACAGCCGGUUGCUAAUCAAGAACAACAACAGCAGCAGACUGUACAGGAAAAGCGAAAUGCAGUGCUUCAGCUACAACCGUAUCAGCUGCCAAAUGUACCAACGCAACUGAACGGCGAAGGUUUUAAUGUUGCUGAAAAUACCGCCCGCAGGAAGAGACAAUUCGGGGAGAUCGACAUUGAUAUUGACUACUAUGGCGGAGGACCUGGUUACAACGGAGGAUACGGCGGCUACGGUGGUUACGGCGGAUAUGGUGGAUACGGUUACGAUGGCUUUGGAUACGAUGGAUACGGCGGCUUUCCUCAUCAUCAUCACCAUCAUCGCGGUUGGUGA